AGUCUGACUCCCAGCAACGAUCUGGUACAGUGGCUGAAUGGCACAGUGACAUUAUUCUGCAGCUCGUGCGUCCACGCGUGUGAGAACGAGCUCUGUGGGGCUCAUGUCCCAGUUAAUGCAGUGCAGAAGGCACCUGUUACAUCGAGUCGUUACCCAACCUUCCUAAUAAAAUCCUCCUGUCCUGUGACUCAGUCAUUACACAUUGCAGCUGUCACUCAUGAGUUGCGGCCCUACGUGAGAGAGAGAGAGAGAGAGAGAGAGACGGGGACGAGCGAGGGGACGCGCUGGCGUGCCUCGGCGCGGAGCAUAAUGCAGAGGAAGUCUGCUGUUUCUGGGUGUUGUGCCUUCGAAGCGGCGCAAACGCCUGAUGAAAGCUUCGGAGAAGCGCAGGGAAGUCAGGAUUCUUUUCCUGAUAUUGUCACCGACCAUCCGGUGCUGCUUCCACGCUGCAGAGAUACAGCAGCAGAUCCCUGGAAAUAGUGCGACCUUGGCAGACCUUUAGAGUGAUAUUAAACAAUGGGAGAUGGAAUUAUAGCCGAAUAUUAUAUAAAUUAUAGAUGUACAAAUAAUAAUAAACUGAGAGCUUGUUGGACACGAGUAAUAAAACAACUUGUCCAAUGCAAACACAUGGUUGAGCUGUGACCCAAAUUGCAGCCAUGCCUUUGAUGUAAUUUGUUGCAGGAAAAGGGCAGAAGCUGAUCUAAUCUGAGCAGCGGAGUUUAUAAAGUGGCACUGCCUUCGCCAAAUAUGGUCAAAUAAUGUGGUGUUUGCUUGGGUUAAAUGACGCGUGUUUGUUUAGAUAGAGACAAGUUUGCUACUAUAAAUUACUGAGGACGAAAACUUUCACCUAGUCUGAUCAUAUCUGCUCUACCGCCACUGUUUUGCUUCUGUUUCUGUUGUUAUUGUGCGUAAUUAUACUUCUGUCCUUCUCAGAUUCCAUCGCUUUCAUUCUGUUGGAUUUUUAUGUUCUUGUGUAGAAAACCUGAUCUAAAAAAAUAUGAUGUUUUAUCUCAAAUGGCAAUUUUGCUCAUCAAGCUAUAUAAUAAUAUAAUAAAGUGAUUUUCCGCCACGCAAACACGCGCACCUAUUGUGCUGCAGCUGAACGUGUCAUUAGCGGACGUGGCAGAGGUUGGUGGACAACAAGAAUCUGCUACUUGUGUACAUUCCUGAAGUGUUUUCGCGUGGAGCUGGGAUUUCCCUCGGUCGAACGCAGGAACCAUUAAGUUCAGCGUCCAGGCGCGAGCGCGAGUGUAAAAGUAAAUAGGAAGGCAACGCUCGGGGUAAAAAGCCCGCAAACGGGGCUUCACGUCAGCCCUCGCGUCUGAUGGGCCCCCAGAAAACACGCAGUGGCGUGUUAAUGGGAACAGGAGGCUUCUUCCCAUCACCGGCUGCAGGUGGAGUACAGACAGUCGUGCGUCACGCCCCUCGCACUUUAAAAAGCGGCUCCGGGGCGCACGCACAUAACGGUCCGAAGCCGGCGAGAUCUGCAGACUGUUUAAGACUUUUUAAUAUUCGAACAACCGCUGCUCAUUCUGUAUUCACGGUUCAGCGAACUGCCCGCUUCCUUUUUUCUCCUCUUUCUUCGUCUCCGUCCGACCCACCUGCUCGGCUGCGCGCGGACACCAUGGCCAGCUCCGGAAUGCAGCUCAUCGGCUUCCUCCUCGCGCUGGUCGGUCUCGCUGCCACCAUAUCCGCCAUCAUGAUGGUCCAAUGGAAGAAGCAGUCGCACGGCAAAGCCUUCCGCAACUACGAGGGUCUGUGGAUGAGCUGCAGCGGCAGCGAGCGGACCACCUGCGACUUCCACGACUCGGUCCUGAAGCUGUCAAGUGAGGUCCAGGCGACCAGGGCCGUGCUGAUGCUCAGCAUCUUCCUCUCGGCCGUGGCCGUGGUCGUCUCCACCGUGGGAAUGAAGUGCACCCACUUCAUGGACGACAAGGCCCCGACCAAGGCCGCGGUGGCUCUGAUCGGAGGAGUAAUGUUCAUGAUGGCAGGUUUACUGACCAUCAUCAUCACCUCCUGGUAUGUUAAAAUGAUCAUUCAGAAUGUCCAGUACAUCCAUUCCACGCAGAGCAUAGAGUUCGGUAAGGCCGUGUUCGUCAGCUGGGCCGGCGGCCUCCUCACUCUGGCCGGCGGCGCUUUCCUGAGCUGUCGACGCUGCUCUCGGUCCCAGUCGUCCCAGUCGUCCCAGUUGUCCCAGCCCAGAGGAGGCAGCCACCUCAUGUCUGCCACUAACGCAAAGUCCAACUACGUCUAGCGUACGGUUGGUGCAGUCUCCCAGCCAGUGAUCAGUAUGUGUUUGUGAUAAAGGUGCUGCUGUCAGAUGUAAGGAUGUAAAUGAUUUAAUGCUGAACCACUUGCUGGCGUUUGUUGUAUAUGUCUAGCUUAAAGAAAGGGGGCUCUGCCUUUAGCACAGUAUGAACCUACCCAUGACCAAUGAGUUUACAGUAACGAUGUGAUGUUUGUCGUCCUUCUCUGCAGAUUUCUGUACUUUCAUGGUAUAAUUUCAACAUCUUCUUUACCUCAGUUUCUUACUGUUUUAAGCAUAUUAGUGUCUAUGUUGAUGUAAGAUUUCACAUUUUUAGUUUUAUAACUGUUAUGAAUAAUUCUGUUUUUUCUGUAAUAUAUUUGUAAGAAAAUAAAAAUAAAAGGAUUUUGUUUGUAUUAAUCACA